AUGGCACGGAUUCACAGAGUGGCGCACUGCGUGCGAUAUUAUUUUCGCAGGGAAACGAGCAGACGAAUGCAAGGUAGCGACGUAUUUGAUCGUUACGUAGCUGUUGGUCGAAGCCGGUUCUCGACGAAGAAGGCGUGGUGUGGCUUGGCGGGAAGGCGAUUAAAAAGCGAGGUAGCAAUUCACGAGACCAAUGGUGAUGUCACAGGCCUUCAGCUUCCUUCAAACGCAGAUUGCGUCUUUUAUUUAAAAUUUACUCUCGAUCAGCUUCGUCUCCCUGCCAGUCGCUAUGUUUGUCCUGCUGUUCCAGUUGUACUUCAACCCGAUUCCUCUUUGACCCCACCCCGUCCUCGCAUCGCCUGGUCAAUCCACCCUCUCUUCCUCUGCCGCGCGACAAUGAACGCCUUCCGCUCUGGCCUCUCGACCCCCUCUACUGCUCUGCGCGCCGCGUUCUUGCGCCGCGGCUACGCUGUUUCCGCGGACACCGUCUCCGUGACAAUCAACGGCGCAGAGCGCGCUGUCCCCGCCGGGGCCACCAUCAUCCAGGCAUGCGAGUCUGCCGGCGUGGAGGUCCCGCGCUUCUGCUACCACGAGCGCCUCUCCAUCGCUGGAAAUUGCCGCAUGUGUCUCGUCGAAGUCGAGCGCAGCCCGAAGCUGGUCGCCUCGUGCGCCAUGCCGGUCAUGCCCAACAUGGUCAUCAAGACCGAUUCGGACAAGGUCAAGAAGGCGCGCGAAGGGGUUCUUGAGUUUCUCUUACUUAAUCAUCCGCUCGAUUGCCCGAUCUGCGAUCAGGGAGGCGAAUGCGACUUGCAGGAUCAGGCUAUGGUUUUCGGCUCGGAUCGAGGAAGGUUUUAUGAGUCUAAGAGGUCCGUAGAGGAUAAGUAUAUCGGCCCGCUCGUCAAGACCAUUAUGACGCGCUGCAUUCAUUGUACGAGAUGUGUUAGGUUUGGGACGGAAGUUGCUGGUGUCGAGGACCUUGGGACAACGGGGAGAGGGAGGGAUACGGAGAUCGGCACAUAUAUUGAAAAGAUGCUGGAUUCGGAGUUGUCUGGUAAUGUCAUUGAUCUUUGUCCGGUCGGGGCUUUUACGAAAAAGACUUACAAUUUUGAGGCGUCAAAACCCCAGCAGAGACAGUCAGGAGAGCAUCGUCACCGUCACGGACAGAGUUGUGGGUGCACGUCAAAGAAAGAAGGGACGAUUAUGCCCGGCCUGGAAUUCCUUGCGGCAGAACAAAUGAGCGCCACCAGCAAGGUUUCCAGGGGGACGGCAUGA